AUGAUUGGUAGCCUUCUUUACCUUAUAACCAUUCACCCUGACACCACCUUCUCAGUGGGAGUCUGUUCUCAUUAUAAAUCAAAGCCAAAAUUUAGUCAUCUAACUCAGGUUACAAUAAUCAUUAAAUAUAUAAAUGGAACAAAUGACUAUGGAAUUUUGUAUUCUCACAACACCAAUAAUAUUCUUGUUGGGUAUUGUGAUGCUGGUUGGGCUGGGAAUGCUGAAGAUAGAAAGAGAACCUUUGGUGGACAGUUCUUUCUAGGAAACGAUCUUAUUUCAUGGUUCAACAAGAAGAAAAAUUGCAUGUCCUUGUGUACUGCUAAAGCGGAGUAUAUUGCUACAUGCAACAAUUGCACUCAAUUACUAUGGAUUAAACAAAUGCUGAAAGAGUGUCAAACAAGAUGUUAUGACAUUAUACUGUGA